GGCCUCGUGCCAACUUUUUUUUUCUCUCACGCAACCCACCCACAAACCAUCUGAUUCGGCAAAACAAUUCGUCCAGGCAUUUCUUCCUUGGUUUCUCGUGAUUCGCGCAACAACAACUUUGCAGAGUCUUGCCUAUUUUCUCGCAGCGCACGCGAGCUUCUCUCAACCUUUUGUUUUAAACACUCAUCCGGACUCGCGCCUCGUUUCUAUCGAUCGCGAUCAUGGCGUCUACUGAGGUUUCCGCUACCCGGCUUUACUUGGGUAACCUGCCAAAGGGCGCAACCAAGGCCGAUGUGGAAGCCCACUUCGCAACCCAUGGCACUGGUGAAAUCACCGAGGUCAAGCUGAUGAAUGGAUUCGGCUUCAUCGAAUACAAGGAUCCCAUGGAUGCGCGCGAUGUCGUUCCUGCUUUCCAUGGAUCUGAUUUCAUGGGCGAACGCUUGACCGUACAAUUCGCUCGAGGUUCUCGCCACCGCGAAGGCUUCGGUGGUCAUGAGCGCAGUGCUCCCCGACCCCGUCGCACUCCCCAUCGCAUGCAGAUUACUGGACUUCCCAAUGAUACCAGCUGGCAGGACCUGAAAGACUUUGCUCGACAGUCCAGCUUGGAUGUCGUAUACUCGGAAACGGGCCGUGACGGCAAUGGCCGAGGCUUUGUCGAGUUUGAGACCGCAGCCGACCUGAAGACUGCCGUAGAGAAGCUUGACGGCCGCGAGUUCAAGGGACAACGAGUCAACUGUAUCGCUGACACCCAACCGGAUUUCCCUGUCCGCGAGCGUGGCGCCCGUUCUCGUUCCCCUAUGGGUCGUCGACCUUACGGCCCGCCUGGUGAGGGUUAUGAUCGCCGUGGUCCGCCUCGCGGGUACGGCAGCCCGCGCGCGUACCGCGAUGAUUACCGCGACCGGAGCCCCGCUCGUCGCGACUACUACGACGAUCGCCGUUACAGAUCCCCGCCGCGCCGCGGACCUGUUGACGAUUACCCAGCUCCACGUGGGCGCUACGAAGAUCCGUAUCGUCGCGACUACGGACCCCCGCCGGAUCCGUAUGUCAACGGUCGGCCUUACGACCGGCCUCCAAGGGAUUUUCCCCCGCGUGAGGGUGGCUAUGGGCCUCGCGAGGGCGGGGGCUAUCCCCGGGAGGAAUACCGCCGAGGUGGCGGUUACUGGUAAAUUUCUUAAUUAAUUCAACUUUAUUUGAGCGACCCCCCUUACGUUAUUUAGAUACCGCGCCGUUUCUCCACGUAUGGCGGGACAGCUGUACCGUGGCAAUGACCUGUUUGUAGGGAGCUUGAGAAAUACUUGGUAGUAGGUAGCGAGGAAAAUAAGGGAAUAAAAGUACUUUUAGGGGUAGGCUAUGCGUGAAGUGCAAUGAAAUUUUUGACGGGGCCGGCUUCAACGUUUUUGAUGAGGGUGGCAGGAAUAGGAUUUAAAGGGUUUCUGACCGGCUUGGUUGAGCCAUGCUCAGGUUGGCUUCAGGUUAAUUGUGUGUAUGAUCAAGCAAGACAGUCGCAACGCAGUUGCUUUUACGAAUGAAAUGGUUUUGUACGUAACGGAGGAGCUGUCGAAGCUAUCCAACAGAUCCGUCUAACGUACAUACCUAGAUACCUACCUAGGUACAUAUGCAGACUAAGAGUUACCUACAUGAGAGCUAUCUACAUGGAGGUAUCGUGCUAGGAUCUGAUCGGCUAGAUCUACUACUUGGGCCAAGCUAGCCCAGGUCCUUGCAGUAGCGGCAAUCC